AUGGCGGUGAUAGAGAGCACCAUUAUAAGCAAGAAACGAAAAAGAUUUAUUUCCAAAGGGAACGAAAUUGAUCGACUGAGUUCACUCCCGGAUAACAUCCUAAUUGAAAUUCUAUCCCGCCUUCCGAUUAAAUUCGCCGUAAUCACAUCCGUGUUAUCCCAGCAAUGGCGUUACCUCUGGAAUCAGGUCACUAACAUCAUCUUCGAUGUCGAUCACUUUCAACAAUUGCACAAAAGUGACUUCACUAUGAUCGAUCAAAUCCUUCCGAUAAUUACCACCCCGAAGAUUAAUUUCAAUCUCCGUUUGCAACGUCCAUUGAACAACACAAACUUCGGAGACAUAAUCGACAUCUCCUCUUAUGUAGAAUCUUGGGUUCGUCGUAUAUGUGAUCGAAACCCGGAACAUAUUCAGGUACAAGUAUAUGGUUGCACUUAUUGGCAGUAUGUGCCUAUAAUUCCUUUGCCAAGUUGUAUUCUUCGAUGUCAAUCUCUCGUUGUUCUUCGAUUGAUUCAAUACCCUUAUCGUAGAGUGACUCGUGAUGGACUUGAUGUGAAUCUUCCCAACUUAAAGAUACUUGAAAUUUGUUUCCAUAUUUUAGACUCUAAAUUAUUGGAUCUACUUUUUAAGUCUUGCCCAGUAUUGGAAGAAGCAACUCUUUCAGGGAACUUUUCGCAACAUGGUAUGUCAAAUUUAAUAUCUCCUAGUUUGAAGAAAUUGGAACUUCGGCUAUAGUAUCUAUGUAAAGGAACUACAAUGAAUUUAUCAGCUAGUCAUUUGAAGAUAUUGGAUAUUCGUAUAUACAAUCGAGCUGAAGGAAAGUUUCUUAUCGAUGCAUCUAAAUUGGAAGAAUUGAUAGUUGA